CAUAUUCAAGUGGAAUCUCCUUUCUUUCCUGUCGUUUGAAGCCAUUGUUAUGCAUCCUAGUCUCCAGGGCAGCAGAAAACAACCUUGUUCCUUCCUCCCUAUGACUUCCCCUCAAUAGUAUACAAAAAACAAUAGUUUCAAAACGAAAUUGAAACAGAUUUCUGCUAUGGUGCACACCUCUAACAUAUAUCCAAUGCUAUUGCAUUUGUCUGUCCUUGGAUGCAGGACCCCACCUAAGCAAGGAUGGUACCAAGAAGGUGGAAACAACAGCAGACAGAAAGAGAGAGUGAAACAAAAUCCGGUUCAGCUGGGCCGAGCGCCAGGCUCCUGGCAUUGCCUGUGUGUGGCAAUGGCUCCCAUUACAAUAUAUAUUGGAAAUCCCCUCCAUGCACAUCAAUAAAACCGUGCGUCUCGUGACGGCUUGCAAACACAACAGUGCCGAUGAUUAAUUUUUAACCCGCAGUAUAAUAACAGCUUCCUUUCUCGGUGGCUUAGCAACAGAAGCUCUCCUGAAAUUGAAAGGGCAGCGUUGGGAAAAGGAAACGGCCGGCGAUGGGAGCGUGCCUGUGUCCCCCAAACGAUUGCGACAUCUCACACCGAGGGCCCUCCGCCCCGCUCUUCUUCCAUCCGUACGUCAAAGGGUCCCAAAUCGUCAUGGACGAGUCCCAUCGCACGGCCAGGCGAGCGGCCACUUUCCGCGACGGCCUCGUCUUCUCCAACCGUCCCGUCAGGGUUUACGAGAAGGUGGCUCUGAGGAUCUCCAAGGACGAUGGCAAGUGGCACGGUGGCUUGAGGGUGGGCUUCACCUGGGAAGACCCUUCCUGCCUGAAGCCCCGGGACCUGCCUCCCUUCGCCUGCCCAAACCUGAUCCGGCGAGGGAAGACCCGUGCCCGCCUCUUGCCGGACGAAUACUGCGAGGAAGGCACCGUGGUCAGCUUCUGGGUGGACACUCGUGGCCGCGUUCUUUACAGCAUCAACGGGGAGCCGGAACAAUUCUUGCUCUUGGAUAAGGUCUUGGUGACCUCUCCGCUUUGGGCUGUGAUGGACAUCUACGGCAGGACCAAAGCCAUCCAGCUGUUAGAUCCCUCGAGCCUUGCCACAAAUUGUGAUAGUCACCGUCUGCUUCCGUUGACUUGCAAGGUCUUCAGUGAGUCGAACGGUCCUGAAGUUUCACAUCUUUCGGGAAAACGAAGCCGCGACGAGUGCGUCAUUUGCUUGGAGCGCGAUUCCAACGCCAUGAUGCUGCCAUGCUCCCAUGCCAACUUUUGCACCGGCUGCUCCUUAAAAAUCCUCAAAACCAGCGGACGGUGCCCGCUUUGCAGACGGAAAGUGAAGAAAAUCCUCAACUUCUCCGUUUUUUAGCCCAAAAAAAGAGGCUUCGGGAAGGUUAUUCGAGCUGUUGGGACGUUUCAUCCCGACAGAAGCGAAAACGAGGAGACAAGAUUCAAAGGGAAGAAAGAAAAAGUGUCUCUUUCGUUGUGAGCUUGUUGGAACGAGGUGUGAAGUCACCACCACACAAGUGUCCAGUAGUAUUAACUAAACCAGGGGUCCUCAAACUUUUUAAGUGGAGAGCCGAUUCACAGUUCCUCGGACUGUUGGGUGGCCGGACUAUGAUGAAAUAGUCCAAAAUUAGGAUUGUUGUUGUUGUGUGCCUUCAAGUCAUUUCAGGCUUAGGUCGACCCUAAGUCUAAAGUUUAGGACAGAGGCCAGGUCAAUGACCUUGGAAGGCUGCAUCUGGCCAAAGAGCCUUAGUUUGGUGACCCCUGAUCUAGACGAUUUCAUAAGACCAUAGGUAAGCCAAGAGACCUCCAAAGACCAUUGAGAUGUAUGGAAAACAUUGACUACAAAAAUGCGUUGGAUAAUCCAGAACGUUGGAUAAGCGAAUGUUGGAUAAGUGAGACUCUACUGUAAAUGAAAACAGCAGGAAUUGGUCCUGUAGAUUCAGGGAUAAUACUACGUAUAUACCAGUAAUUAUUUCCCAAUAUUUUCAUUGUUACUACCUUGUUUUCCAGUGGUGUCUAUUUUAGUUGUUCAUUCUUGUCCAGGCAUGCUUGGUUUAUAAGUUUCAAUGUUGUAUAUUUUAACGUGAUUGUAAUUUCUCUAUUGUUCAAACUUGUUUGAGUCCUAUCCGGGAGAUAGGGCGGUAUAUAAAUAAAGUUUUAUUAUAUUA